AUGGUAAUCCCAAGCCAAACACACAAGGAGAAGCCCAGGAUCCCUGACGAUGAAGAGUCGGGUCCGGACGUAGUGUCAGCUGUCAUUGGCGAAUAUGGACGAUGGCAGCUAUUAAUGACAUUUCUUCUGUCAUUAUUCUCAUUCCCAUGCACAUUCCACAUAUUUUUGCCAACUUUUACGGCAAAAGCAACCCAAUUCUGGUGUCAGCCGCCAGAUAACCUGACAAAUGUACCCCUAGAAAGAUGGAUCAACUACAGCCAACCUGAAGAUGCGUGCAGCGUACGCGUCAUUCCGGCCAAUGUGACAGCUGACAGUAUUAUAAAUUACACAGCGACCGCUCUUGAUUCAUUUCAAAAGUGUCAGAAUUGGGGUUAUGACAGGAGCGAAGUUGGCGAUACGAUUAUCUCUGAAUGGAAUCUAGUAUGUGAGAAGGCUAAUCUGACAAAUCUCGCAGAGGUUGUAUUUUUGAUCGGCAUCGGUGUGGGUGGGGUUGUGGGGGGAUGGAUUUCUGACAGAUUCGGCCGAAAGCGCAUUCUCAUGGCUAUGUCAGUAGCUCAAAGUGCGUUGGCCAUACUAUCUCUUCUAGUUAGCUCCUAUAUACAAUACGUAGUAGUUCGACUAAUCAUGGGACUUGUAUCCGUAUCUGUGGUAUACGCAGCAUUUGUGUUGUCUGUGGAACUUGUUGGCGGAAAAUGGGUGACAAUUGCGGGAGUGUGUAAUUUCUUCCCGCUGCCAUUGGCGUAUGUAAUAGUGUCUCUGCUAUCUAUGAUUAUGCCUAAUUGGAGGGAUCUACAGUUGGCGUUGUCUAUACCCGGAUGCUUACUAAUAUUUUUGUGGUUCGUCCUACCAGAAUCCCCAAGAUGGCUGCUAAGUAUGGGCCGGACACAGGAAGCCAAAGCUAUCCUAGAAAAAGCUGCAACAUUCAACAAACGUGAACUGCCUGCUGAUAUUGACAAAUUGCUAUUAGUCUACAAAACAGACACGAAAUCGGAAGACCCGAGCGUCUGCAUGUUACUCCGAGGCUACCUCCUGAAAAGGACAGUAUGUCUGUUCAUUGCCUGGUUCGCAAUGACCAUAGCAUACUACGGGUUGCUGUUAAACAUAGGCAACUUCAACUUGGGCAAUCUACAUUUGACGUCGAUUAUAUUAGCAGUUGUCGAAAUACCAGCCAUUGGAUUGAGUAUUCCGAUACUUUUAAAGGCAGGGAGACGUUUACCCAUAUUUAUAAGCAUGGUUGUAUGCGGGCUAGCCUGUGUAUGCAGUGAGGGCUUGACAAUAGUCUAUGCGAAUGAAUGGGCCAUGAUUGCAUGUCUGAUGGUAGGGAAGUUUGCGAUCGGUGCGACGAAUAUGAUGCUGCCGAUAUUUACGGCCGAGCUUUACCCCACAAUGGUGAGGAACUUGGGAGUGGGUGUCAGUCAGAUUUCCUCAGGACUUGGACUUAUAUGCAUACCCUAUUUAUGGAAACUGACUGCUUUGAACGACCACCUUCCGAUGAUUACAAUAGCUUUGAUGAGUGUAGCAGGGGGCGCCACUGUACUCUUACUUCCAGACACAACUACUACACAAUCUAAAAAAGGAGCUGAAAAUAUCACGCCAACAAGUAACGGCACGUAUACAACUACAGACGAUAGAGGGCGCUGA